CGCGUCUGCUGUAGACGGAGCGCGUCCAUGCUAAGCGGACGUCUAACCGCAGUACAGCCGUAGGAGAGAAAGAGACAAGAGAGACCGCUUGCUUUUCGUCCUCUGAAGCCGUGAACUCGGUUCGGUCCACCGUAGCGUGCUCAGCUCCCACCUAAAAGCGGGCUUUAUCCUCCACUCUGCUUGUCCCUGUAAAAGUGCCGCAGCGUCGGACCGCGCACCCCGCCGCUCGCUCCUGGCUGCCGCGAGGGAGAGAGAGAGAGAGAGAGAGAGAGAGAGAGAGGAAAACAAGCUCGGCGAGCAAUGCGCUGAAGCUGUGUGAUCAUUGACAGAGUUCAGUACACACCAGCUCCCCACGCUAACCCGUCGGCGCGUCGUGCACCGUGGUCCCCCCCCGAGUUCUUCGGACAGCCACCUAUGCGGAUAUUUUUUGCUCCGAAGCCGAGCUUGUCUGCACCCCCCUAUCUUGCCAACGGUUCUGCGUCCCGAGCAUGGAUGACAUCACUAUCGUUAAAGAAGGAUGGCUCCAGAAGAGAGGUGAAUACAUCAAAACAUGGCGUCCUCGGUACUUCAUCCUGAAGAGCGAUGGAACCUUCCUCGGAUACAAAGAGAAGCCGGAAUAUUACUUCGACCCAGCGCUGAACAACUUCUCCAUCGCAGAAUGCCAUCUAAUGAAGACGGAGCGCCCAAAGCACAACUGUUUUGUUCUUCGAUGUCGGCAGUGGACGACGAAUAUUGAGCGAAUCUUCCACGUGGAGCGACCAGAUGAGAGGGAGGAAUGGGUGGACAAGAUCCUGACGGUAAGAAACGACCUGAAGAAGAAGAAGCAGGAGGAUCAGGAGGCCAUGGACGUCCGAUCCGGCUCACCCAGUGACAUCUGCGGCGCAGAGGCGAUGGACAUCGCCGUGUCCAAAAUAUCCAAAUCCGAUUCAAAAGUGACCAUGAGUGACUUUGACUACCUGAAGCUGCUGGGCAAAGGGACGUUCGGAAAAGUGAUCUUGGUUAAGGAGAAAGCCACGGGGUUGUACUAUGCCAUGAAGAUCCUCCACAAAGAAGUCAUCUUUGCUAAAGACGAAGUGGCUCACACAGUUACAGAAAGCAGAGUUCUGCAAAACACACGGCAUCCUUUCCUAACGACACUAAAAUAUGCAUUUCAAACCCCCGACCGGCUAUGCUUGGUGAUGGAGUAUGCAAAUGGAGGAGAACUCUUCUUUCACUUAUCCCGGGACAGAGUGUUCACCGUAGAGAAGGCGCGCUUCUAUGGGGCAGAAAUAAUAUCCGCACUGGAGUAUCUGCACUCAUGCAAUGUUGUUUACAGGGACUUAAAGCUGGAGAAUUUGUUGCUGGACAAAGACGGCCACAUAAAGAUAACAGACUUCGGGCUGUGUAAGGAGGGAAUCACUCAUGAAACCACGAUGAGAACCUUCUGUGGAACCCCCGAGUACCUGGCACCAGAGGUGCUGGAGGACAAUGACUACGGACGCGCAGUGGACUGGUGGGGGCUGGGAGUGGUGAUGUAUGAGAUGAUGUGUGGUCGGCUGCCGUUCUAUAACCAGGACCACGAGCGCCUGUUUGAGCUCAUCCUCAUGGAGGAGAUCCGCUUCCCAAGGACCCUGGCCCCAGAGGCCAAAACCCUGCUGUCCGGCCUGCUGAAGAAAGACCCCAAACAAAGGCUCGGAGGUGGACCGGACGAUGCCAAAGAAGUAAUGAACGACAAGUUCUUUGCCCCCAUAAACUGGCAGGACAUCAUUGAAAAAAAAGUUACCCCACCCUUCAAGCCCCAAGUCACGUCAGACACAGACACCCGUUACUUCGACGAAGAGUUCACAGCACAAUCUAUUAUAAUAACUCCUCCAGGCCAGGAUGACGAAGACGUCGACGGCUUUUUUGGUUCCGAUAAGCGUGCUCACUUCCCUCAGUUUUCCUACUGUGCCAGCGUAUGGAAAUGAUCUCUAAGACUCGUGAACGAGCAGGCAUGCUGGCACACAGUCCCAAUCCCACACGCAAAAAAAAACAAAAAACAAAAACAAAACAAAAAAAAGUGGCACAGAGCACAUUUUCCAUUCUGUCUGUGACACGCAUACACCACAGUCACAGGUAAAUCAUAACAACAUGUUUAGAAAGUAGGAAAUUAUCACACAGAUAAUGCCUGUCUGGGGAGGGGGGGGGG